UGAACGCGGCUUCAUUAAAAUGCCUGGGAAACGCGAUAAGUACCAAUGGUGUACUGUCCUCUUUUUCCUAUUAUUGCUGGAUGCAUCAUCCGAAAUAGGUUCUGUUACACCCGAUGUUAUUGUACUGGAUGCUAAUGGGAACCAGAAGGAAUUAGAUGAAGUUGCCAUUGUCUUCAACUCAUAUGUCACUUUAAUUUGCCGUACUGUUUCUAACGAGCAUUCUUUAAACUGGAUGUAUGCGUCAUCGCAAAACGAAGCAUUCACACCAUUGAAUGAGACUGCACAUAUUACCAUUUCGUCACAGAAAAAUGAAGAAGUAUCGUUGCAACUUAUCAAUGUUCGAUUUCACAUGUCGGGUGUUUACCAGUGUACAAAUGGACUUGCUAGUCGUCAGAUCAGUGUUCAUGUAUACGGAGUUUUAAAUAAAAUUAGCAGUACUGUCCACUUGGUAAAGAAACAUGAGGUAGUUGGUUCCUACCAUCUCCAGAUUAAUGCAUUGAAUUCGAGUUCCCGUCCUGUUGUUGCGUGUGCAUUCCGAGUUGGUUCGAAUGGUGUAAAGUACACUACCGUUCGUUGGAAAGGUGGAAAGUAUCAUUCUAAACCCAAUCUUUAUGAAGUUGCUGAGAGUCGAGACGAAGAGUCGGGUAUUAUAUGGAGUAACUUAACCUUACUUCAUCCUUCCUAUGAUCAAGAAUUGUACGGAAAGUAUUAUUGUAUGUUCAACGUAGUACCUGGCACAAUGGAGACAGCUGAAGUAGAAAUAAGCAUUCCACCACUGAUACGCAAAUAUGAACGUAGCGCAAAUCCUUAUUCUGGCGUGAAAUUCACGUACUUGUGUGAUAUUUUUGCAUAUCCCCCGGUCACUGAACCUAUUACGUGGGUAAGAAACGAAGUCCCUAUAUCAAUUCAACCUAACGGUCAAGCUUAUAUACAAGACUACGAUACUGAAAAUCGUAUUCAUUUUGAAACUAGAAAUAUAUCCAAUGAUCAGAUUGUAUUCGAUACAAUACAGCCAGAUGAUAGGGCUGUUUAUUCAUGUUUUGUUCAUGGAGUACUUGGCAAUGAUACUGCAGCUUUCUACCUACGAGUUAAAGAUCGUCGUGCUCCCUUAUGGCCUCUGAUUGGUAUAGUUUUAGAAUUGGUGAUUUUGUUCGCAGUUAUUUUAGUCUAUGAAUUAAAACGUCGUGAGCGAGCGAAACAAGAAGAAGCAAGUAUUGACCUAAUUACUUCUAGCAAAACACCGAAUGCAAUGUACGGAGUUGAAGAAGCAAAUGAAGAUUUGUGAGUUUAUUACUGUCGUAUUGUACAAAAAUGAUCUGACCUAUGCAUGUCACCAGUCAUCAUCAUUCUUGAAAAUUACUGGCUAGAUAUUGAAGUAGAAAGAGCUAUUGACUCCGUUUAUACAAUCAUUUCAUUUAAAGUAUUAAUAGUGAACUAAUCAAUCAUUUUUUUUCCCUUUGUUACAGGUCUGUAUAAGUUUUUAACAUUUAUAUUCAGACACCUAGAUUCCUUUUAAUUCACUUGUGAACUAUAUUGUAGACAGAGUUCGUGGGCGGAACGUUAUUCUAUAUAAUGAUGCUUGAGAUGAUGAAUCAUUAUCUAAAAUGCUUGGAAUAAACUAUUGUUGAGACUGAUUAUAGAAUCUGAUAGGAAUUUUAGUUUUAUGUACUUCAAUACCAUGGAAAUAAGAUUCCUGAUAACCCAUAAAAUUAAUGAACACAUUUUCUACUGUAAAAUGAUCAUGGAGAAAUUACUGCGAAGCAACAUACUCCUCUUACAUUUGUCAUAUGUUGAUUAAAAUGGGAACUGUUUACUAAAGUGAAUUUUCAUUUCAGUUAUCAUUUUAAUUUACAAUAUCUUCCAAACAGAAUUUCGGAGUUAUAGCAGCUUUAAUCAUGAUCAGAAAGUUACUUCUUUCCAUACUACUCAUUGUACAUCAGCACUUGGAUAUUCGUUUUUAGGUAUAUUUCUCCCUUAAACUUACGACAAUAAAUGAGAAAUUCAUUUUGUAGAGUCUACUGCUGAAGUAUGAACAUAUUACCCAUGUAACUGUCGUCAGAGUGUAAAGUCAUAAGAUGUCAUAAGAUGAGUUUAUCACGAGUAGCCUGUAGUGUAUUUCUUAUUUUUGACAAUGACUGGUCGAUCGAUGCAAAGUACACGGACAAGAUCCUGAAUAAUCAUGCUUCAAGCCACUUCGUGAGUAGUUUACAAAUACAAAAGUAAUGUUUUGCGCACACUGGUCUAUUAAAAGUAGUGGGAUAUGCUGAGGACUUCAUAUACCUAAAUAUUUGCAUUUACUUCGUUGUGUUUGGAAGGUCGAGUGAACUUUUGCUAGCACGUUUAGUCUGUCAUUCCCAAAAGCUUACCAAUGCAUCAUGUUUUCUUACACGGCAAAUUCGUGUAUUCAUGUCAGUCCAUGAGUUGCCAAGCACGAUAGUUUCAAAUAAUACAGACUAUUAUGUCUUUUUGACUUAGGCACUUACUUUUCGGACUCAAAUCUUUCUCCAUACCUUUCAGCCUAUCCAUCCAGGUUGUGCUUUAGACCCUUAGGCGUUAAGUGUGGGUCAUAACUUAGCGUGUAAAUCUGUACGGUAUCCCUGAGUUUUUUGUUGCAAAACAGACUACAGACGGACGACGAAGUUGGAAGUUUCACAGAAGUGAAUGGUCUUAUGUUACUACAUUUCACUGCAAAACAGAUAAUCUGAACAAUGACGCACAAAUAUUGCAACAAAAAAGCAGAUGACUGGAAUGUUGAUAAAUAAAUAAAAGUAAGAUUUGAGUCUGAAGAAAUUAAGGAGUGAAUAAGCCUAUGUCACUGUAACUUAUUUUAAGUCAUAUCACUGUCAGGUUUUAGCGUUGCAGAAUCUCAGCCUGAUAACUAAUAAUUGCCUACAUAGCUCAGAUCACUGCAUUAGACAGUGAUUUUCACGGAUAAAUGUCUUAAUCUGAUCACUUUUAUCCUUCUUUCAACUUAGUUGCUAUCCAGUUACCAUUGAUAUCGAGUUGCUAUAAGUUUACAAUUCUAACCACUGACUUACCUUCCCUAUCUGGAACUUUGUGCCGAACUCCAUAUUGUAUGGUCCAAAUGUAUGUGACGAAUGUUAUGAGGGACUAAUUAUAACCUAUUCGUGUCACCCACCUUUAAUGGUUAUAUGUCAUUCGUAGAAUAGAGUAGAGCGGACUGCUAUGAGUUAUACUUACCUUUUGAUAAGAAGUAAGAUUGGUUAUCAGAGUUUAUAGAUGGUUAUUUUAUAUGCAGUCGCUGGGGUUCAUAGAUCACUACUCAAUAACUGUUUCUACGAAAAAUUUCGCCUUGGAACACUAAAGUACAUUGAUUAUAAUGUAAGUAAUUUUGUAUUGAUUACCUUUUAUACUUUCCCCUUACAGUUGAUCUAUAUUUAAAAGCUCUUGUGAUCUUAAACCUCUUCAUAUAUGAAGUAUGUAUAACAACUCUCCUUAUUUGUCUUUUUAAAUUGAUUUAACUUUUCUCAAGUGUUUAUCCUAUAUUAAUUUUUGCUCUUGUGUUCAUUGAAUUGCUUUCUGUUUCAGGUUAUUGCGACAGAGAAGUGGUCGUUAUUAGGAUAGAAUUUCACAUAUUUUUAUUGCACCUUACUUCACCUACUCACUAUUCUUAGUGUAAUCAAUUGUUCCUUGAUUACAACAUUAACAUUACUGUUCAAUAUCAUUAUUAUAGCACCAUUUCUUUCAAGAAGAUUUUGUGUCUAUUUCCUUUGUCUUAUGUUAGAGUACACUACUUUUUCCACCACAGUCGAUUCGUACUAUAUUUGUCCUCUGUGGUGUUAUUUUCCUCAUGUUCCUUUGUUAUUAGCAUUAUUACCCUAUACUUACUACUUUAUACGGCUGUCA